AUGUCAUCGACCAACUCAAUGUCUUUGACAAUGCCUAUGUCAAGGACGGAUUCAAUUAAGAAUUCAAAAUCGCCAAUGCUUCAUGCAGGGUUUUUGAAUGAAGUAGAAGAUAUUGAUAUGAUAAAUGGAAGUGAUUCAAGCCAUAGCCCUUCUAAUUAUUCAAUGACAGAUGAGUCUGACUCCCAGUCUCCGAAAUCAAUAUCGGAUGCAACCGCUGUACAUAUGAAAAAGAGUAGCUCUGGUUCCACAUCGUCUUCAGCGAACUAUUCAGGAGCAAUAUCAAGGAUGGUUCCUGUGACCGGUGAAAGACCAAAACCUAGUAAUUCUGAUCCUGCUUUGAAUGAUGACGUACUUCAUGCAGUCUUUGUUAUACUGUGGGAGAAAGAUUCAGAACAAAAGGGCAUGACUGUUAAGCAACUCUGUGACUUACUAGUCGAGAGACAUCCAAACAUGGCUAAUCUCUCUACCAAACUUUCCAACUUGGUAUCAGCUAAAUUGAAUGCAUACGUGAAAAAGGUAGAAAAAGGAGAAAAAGCACUAAGAUACGCACUUUCUAGAGAGUGGUCAGAUGCAUCUCCUAGAAGAAUGGUGUAUGUGUACCGUGGAAUACUUGCUCCAGAGUAUCAACAAAUAGCACAGGCUGCCUCUGCACAGCAACGCGAAAAGCAGCAAACUUCGAAUUCUGGUUCGAAGUUUAAGAAAGCUAACAACUCGUCUUUACAAAACUCUCCAACACCGGCAUUACAGCAGCAGCAGUCAAUAGAUAUAAAUUCCACAUUGGUUUAUGAAAGAAACGUUGCUGCCUUUUCCCGGAAUUUAGGCGUCUCCAAUGCAUUUUCAAACGCUAUGUAUGGAAAUUCCGAUUUAAAUAUUCCAUACUCCACAUCACCGCUAUCCAUGGCAUUAGCCUCCAAGAUGUCUCCUCAAGAUGGCCCUACCAAGGAGUCUUCUUCCAAUGAAACCAGCAAGAGAGAUGCCACAACUGCCGGUAUCGGUCCAUCUUCCCCUCAAAAGAAGGCUAGGACAACGAACGGCUCUGCAAUCUCCUCCCCUAACUCGAAGAACGUAGAUCCCAGCUCUGCGUCCUCUCAAAAUUAUGUCACUGCCGCUGCAGCGGCACCCAGGCUAUCCAAAAUCUUGCCUUCCAAAGGUGUCCCGAAGUCAAACUUUAGUGUCGUCUCAUCCUCCACUACCUCAUCUCCACAAUUUAAUACAGUAAGCACUCCUGCUACAGUUAUUGCUGCUUUGCAUAAGGCUGUCAUCAUGCAGAAACCGAUUACUGUUAAACUGGACAUUAGCCAGCAAUCCGAAGAGAAGAAUAUUUGGAUUAAAACCAUCAGAUCUGGAUUUAUGACGCAGGAAAUAGAUUCUCCAGAAUCUGUUACUGUGGAUGAACUGGAUGCACUUUUUGCCUAA